AAAACAUUUUGAGCGCAGUUUGCACAAAUAAAUAAUUGCUGUCAGUUUAUUGUAUGUGCAAAAAGUUGCAAACAAAUUAUACUAAAUUAUUUAAGUGUAGCAAAUCAAACAAAUGCUGCGCAGUGUUGCAAAUGUGCCAUUAACUGUUUAAAAGAGUUUUGAAAAUUAUUUACUUCAUCGUAUAGAUUACAAUUAAUUAUAAUCAAAAUGCCCAACGCUACGGAGAUAACAACAAAUGACUCCAAAAAGCCAUUCAAAGUCAAGGACGUCACGCGCAACAUUAAAAAAGCCGUUUGCGCCGCAAGCCUGGAGGAAAUACGCUCCAAGGUGGCCGAGAAAUUUGACAAGUGUGAGCAACAGCCAACAAUCCAUUUGGACUCCGAUGGCACCGAAAUCGACGAUGAGGAAUACUUUCGUACACUCGAUGAGAACACGGAACUGGUGGCCGUCUUUCCUGGCGAGCAUUGGAUCGAUCCAACCCAUUACGUGACCAUAACCACGCCGAAUGCCACGGGCAAUGGCAGCAUCACCGGCAAUCCGGACAACGGCGACACCACGGAUGCCAACAACUCGGAGACGGCGCGUAUUCGCCAGCUGGUGGGCCAGCUGCAGAACAACUUGUGCAACGUGUCCGUCAUGAACGAUGCGGAUUUGGACUCGCUCUCCAAUAUGGACCCCAACUCGUUGGUGGAUAUAACUGGCAAAGAGUUUAUGGAACAGCUCAAAGAUGCCGGCAGACCGCUCUGUGCCAAACGCAAUGCUGAGGAUCGCCUGAAUCUGCUGAAGUUGCUCAAGGCGGGCGCCAUUUUUUGCUCGGAACGCUAUCCGGAAGAUGCGGAGGCCAUUGAUCGUGAGAUUGGGCGUCAGCUGAACGAGGCGGAGAGCGGUCAGCUGACCACAACAACCACCAGCAAUACGCGGACCAUCGAGGUGGUGCAGUGCGACAAUCAGAAUACCACCAUUACAAUAACCGUUGCCGAGGCGACCUCCACAUGCAGCUCCACUGAAGCGGCUGUCGAGGUCAAUGAGGUCAACGCCAAUUCAAAUGGCAAUGGCAACACUGGCGACAUCUGACUGCCCAUUCUGGGCAGCCUUAGAUGAAGCCUGGCCGCCAAUGAGUAGCCAAACUAAGGCACAAUUUUAUCAAACGUUGUUUCACGUAAACGAACCGAAAAAUCAGUCCUGCAACAUUGGGUUAACAUACACGUAUUUGUAGCAUAUAAUUAGGAGCUGCGAAAUGCCACAAUAUAAAAACGAAACGAAACGUAAUGUAACAAAAUCUUCAGAAAUGCUUCAUAGAAUUUAAGAGCAAAUGAAAGUUAACGAAAUAUUACACGUAUUAGCAUAAAAUCAUCGCAAAAUCGUCAUCAAUAUUAUGGCGGCAUAUUUUUGGGCAUCAAUCUAAAGUUGGAAAAGUUCUGAGAUUUCAGUAGUGGUUGGAUAAAGUGGUCUUAAUUUUAGAUCGGCGAAUACAUAUUCUUUGUUUUAAAGGAAAUGCAGUGUAGUAUUUACUUUCUUACAGUUUAAGAAGCUUUUAAAUUACGCUAGAGCACCGAUUUUAAAAUUCCUUGCGAUCCCGAAUAUCUGAAAUAUAUAUUAUAAAAGAUUUCAUGGUUUUUAUCCAAUCUGAACUUUUACGAUUUUAUUUCCUUGAGAUUAAGUCAGCAUAGAAUUCUAACAAAUUUUCAAUUAUCACAGGCUCAGGAUCGAAAGAGAUGUGUUUUUAAAAUAAUAAGAAAAUAUAUCCCUAUGUUAAAGCUGUGGCCAUUUAUUGUCAAUCUCCAAAUACCACUGAAAUACCAUGAAAAACAAGCAGCACAUGUUUAAAAGUUUGAUGACAGUUUUUGUCAGAGCUUCUUCAUGUCAGCCCGUAUAUUGAAGGCAAUCGAAAUAAUUAAAAAACACAAUUAAGGAAUCAAAAUAAACGACAACAAUAAACAUAAAAAAAAUGAAAUAUAUAUCAUAUGUGGAUUAAAAGCAAAGGGAACUAUAAGAAAAUAUCAUAUUCAUUAUUAUCAAACUAUUCACAUUAGUUAAAAGAAAUAUUACAAAAAUGUUUUAUUGUUAAACAGAAUCGAAUUGCUUAGUAGCGGCUAUAAAAGGCAUUAAACGACUUUUUGUGUAGUUAGAAUUCGAAAAUGAAACUGUUUUUGUUGGUCGAACAGGCGUUAGUAGAAAACAUUCUUAUAUAUUGAAAAUUGCAAAUAUUUUUUCUGAUUUAUAUUGCAUUCAUAUUAUGUUCUUUUGAGUAGUUAGAGCUCGAAAAUGGAAGUGUCUUUUUUGGAUAGAUAUGCAUUAGUAAAAACUUGUAUUUUGACUGAAAAUUCGUAAUGAAGAAUUUUCGUUUGUAAUUUUUUACAAAUAUUUUCAUUAAUUUAUAAAAUAAUACAAAAUUCUUUGGAGUUGUUAGAACUCGUAAAUGAAGGUUUCUUGUUGGCUAAAUUAAAAAAUUGCCUUUUGAAUGAAAAUUGGAAAAGCGAAUUAUCUUUUGUAAUUUUCCAUAAAUAUUUUUUUCUUUUUUAUGAUAUUGAACACAAUUCUUCUGCUUUAGUUAUUGGUUUUCAUGAUCAUUAUCAUUGAAUGCAUUGUUCUUUAUUUAUGCGAAUUAUAUCGAAAAUAUAUAUUUACAUUUGAUAUGGUGGUAUGUUGUUCUGCCAUUAGCAAUUAUUUAGUUGAAUAAGGUGUUAAAUAAGAAGCACAAACGCACACAUAAAAUUGUUUUUGGACUAAUGCCAUUGAAAAUGUCAUUUGUUGAAGCCAAUUGAGACUGACUGUAUUUAUGUGUAGCAAUUAUUUGAGAGGUUUGAAAUUGCUUCAAGUGAACCCCCCACAAAAAGUAUUGUAGUCAAACACAAAACGUAAAGAAUUUAAAUGCAAACCGAAACACUUAAUAUUAGUAAAUUUAAACAAUAAAUGCAAACAAGAAAUGCAAUUACACUCUUAUACUCGUAUAUACAGAAAACCAGGCAAGGCAAAUCAAAGGCAAGAAAAAUACAACAUGAAUAAGCAAUAAAUAUACCAAAAAAACAAGAAUUAUUAAAUAUACAUAGUAACUGCAUACACCAAGCAACAAU